CUUGAUGUUAUAAUAGUUCUAGAUAUCCAGAUCUGAUAUAUACUGGUAAAAGCGUCUCUGCUUUUUUGGUUCUUGAAUUUUAUAUUUGUUCAACUUGUAAUAUUUAUGUUACUGACCUACGUUUUAAAAUUUCAUCUUUAUAAUUCUCUAGUAAAAUCCAUUGCUCCUGCUCAUUUAAAUAUUGCGUAAGAAUAUUCCAAAAACCUUUUAUUUGAAUGAGAUUCAUUACCCUCACUUACGGAUAGCUAGGUGCCUCAAAUCGCGUGUAAUUAAUAAUUGUUCGUGCGUGUGUUCCAUCGACAGAAGAUACAUGUUUAUUACGAUUAGUUUCAAGGUACCAUAAGCACCGUCUAAUUGCAGGUACGUGGUUAAAGUACAGUAUGUGGAUAGAGUAUAGGCCAUCGGUUUCGACAAUAUAUUCAUUUCCAUAGCUAAACAUUACGUGCGUGACUACAAGCGAAGCGGCAAGCCAACGAUUUGCUGGCAAUGCGCUAAUGGCAAUAUGAAUAAUGUGGUAAUUAUUUCUGCAUGUUUUGUGAUAUAUUCAUGCGCUAAUAAAAUAAACCUAAGUUUAGGGUUUCAGAAAUUAUAACGUAUAUUUCGUGCAUUCUUAAAACAAUGCACACAUUCGGCUCACAUGAGAAGCAUUAUGCGAUUAUAAUGUGUAAUUAAAAUAUUCGAAAGUAAAAGCAAACAUUCUACUGCUUUGAUCUUCAAAAAAAUAUCUAAAAUUGUAAUUUAACAUUAUCUAUGUGUGUAGUGAAUUAUUUAUUUUUUUACAUGACAAAUCAAAUCGUGAAAAAAAAACGAAACACGAUACCCUUCCUUUCUACUCGCUCUACUUACUUAUGGACAAGAGUGUGUCGUGUACAUUCUAAUUAGCGUUAAUAGAGUAUUGUGCUUCUUCGUCGAUAUUCCUUCUUUGUCUUUUGGUUUGGAACUUGCCUAAUUAAGCAAACGAAUAAUUGCCUCGUUGUCAAUAUUUUUACUGUUGCAAUUUUGCUAGUAGUGCAAUAAGAUUGUGGAUGGAGCAGACGUGUUUCUGUGUGGAAGUGAAGGUACUUACUUAGGUAUGGUGGGGCGGUGAUAGCCAGAUAACGCGAUGGCAGCGAUAACGGAGCAUUGUGGAGACCGCAGAAAGCGUCGCGCGCUGUAUCGCAAUUACGUUUUUAAACCCACAUUUGUGAGUCUUGAGAUGUUUGCUUAUUUAGCUAGUUAGAUAACAGUUAUCGGCACAUAAUUUGUAUAAUGAAUUGUGAAACUAGGGGAGUGACAGAACGGAUAAUUAAUUUUCACAGUGAAAACGUUGUCGUAAGAUUAAUAAUUGAUUGGCGUUUGAGCGUAUAAUUUAGUGAACCGAAGUGAACAGUGAAUGGUGAAGUGAAUUAAAAUGAAGGAAUCGACAGCGCGAUGUGAAGAUGUGGCUGACAAGCUGGUGAGGCUGUUCGGAUGGAGACAGACUUAUCCUGUGCAGAAGCUACAGAGGAGCAUUAUGCCCCAGGGCGCUGAAACGGGUCCAGAAACGUGGAUUGGAGUUCGAGCUCUUCGAGCCAAUUCCGGUGGCAUUCUAGAUCCAGAUGAUCGAGUUUGUGAUGUCGCCGACGACCGUGAAACCCUCACCGCUGAGUGUACCAGUCAAACGCCUCAACCAAGGGCGGCACAAGCAGAUGGCGCUAGUGGAUCAUCAGCUGGCACUGCUUCUCCUGACAUGUUUCGGGGAGGCGGUGGGGUCGGUGGGAGCAUUCGGGUUCCCCACCCUGACUCCUGUGUGGAGGUGGGCGAGGCUGACCUCGAAGAUGGCGUUAAUGGGCUGCAGGUCAGACGAGGCAGUGAACCAUCCUUACACCAGGAUACCUUACCUCCCCAAAGACAGGUGUCAGAACAGACGAAACGCUGGUCGGCGGCGGUGGUCGGACGAGACGAUUGCACCCGCAUCACGCAGAAAGUGCAUCCGAUGUCGGACGGACGACAGCCGGACUCCAAUGUCGAACGACACGGGCACUCCGGUCAACACUUUCAGAGGCAGUCUAAUAGGUUAUCUAUGCAGUUUUCCGGGCCAGGGAGUGGCGUGUGGUUAGAUGCAGCCGAACGAAUACAGAGUUACGGCAGCAAGAGCUUACCGCGCGACGCCAGGAGAGAGCCGCUGGGACAGGACACGUCUUCUGUUAACGACCAUCAAAACCAUAGAGUAGAAGACAUGCUCCGAUGGGUGACGGGAGUUAACAACGUGGCCAGUGCUCAUUCAAUUCAAGAGCGCCCUCUCGAUCUCUUACCUGAAGGGGGAAGCGAACGCGCGAUCACAGGGCUGGAAGUACCCGUGAGUCCGAGCACUAAGCACGUCAGUGGCGCCACACAAACCGUUUCCGUAACUCUGGUCAAGGGCGAGAAGGGACUUGGCUUCACGAUCACGACAAGGGACAACCCUACCGGAGGACAUUGCCCUAUUUAUAUCAAGAAUAUUUUACCAAAGGGUGCAGCGGUAAGUGACGGUCGUCUCCGAGCCGGAGAUAAACUAGUCUCAGUCAAUAACGUCUCGGUGUCGGGACUCACUCAACAACAAGUCGUCGCUCUGCUGAGGAACACUCCCACCGACUCCACUGUCGACAUCGUCAUUGAGAGAACUGUUCCUAAUCGGACACAGAGGGUAGAGCCCCAACAAAGUCCAACAAAAUACGUGGAGAAAGCCAUCGGCACCCCGAACCCCCCGAAACAAGCAGAAGCUGGCGCUGGACCAGAAAAUGGUCGAGUUUCCAGUAUAGUGAACGCGAUCAAUCAGAAUAACCCCAACAGCUCAAUGAGAGGCAGGAUACCGAAGAGCUCUUCCAAAGAUGAUCUAUUGAGUAAAGAGCAGACUCCGGAUAGUGCGCUACAAGACGCUUUAAAUACUUCUUCGGGCUCUAUAUUAGGUUUAAGAAAUCGCCUAAUACUUCGACUUGAUGUGCCGGUUCAUGACUCCGAGAAGGCCGGGCUGGGUAUUAGCGUUAAAGGCAAAGUGACUGUUGGACCAGACCCACAAGACUUGGGUAUAUUCAUCAAAUCAGUAUUAAACGGCGGAGCUGCAUCUCGAGACGGAAGAUUACAUACGAACGAUCAGCUCCUGAGUGUGAAUGGCGUGUCGUUGGUGGGUCAGUCCAACGCUGAGGCGAUGGAGACACUGCGAAGGGCGUUGCUGCACGCCCGGCCGCAGAGGAGUGGCAGUAUAUCUCUUACUAUCGCCAGGAGAACAGAAAGUAUGGACAGCCUGGCGAGGUGGAAAGACGACACUCCACCGAACGGCAACGACACGACCAGCUCCAACGACAACUCGCAGAACUUCAACACCGUCAUAUACACGUCCAGCGACAAGGAGAACAAGCCUACCGACAACCACAACUACGACGCCAACAAGAACGAGGCCUUCGAUAGCCACGAAGCAAGAACCGGCCCCAAAAAACACGCUUCCAUAGUCACCAUAAACAACAACAGCAGCUGGGUCUCAAACCAAUCCGAUGACACUAAAGGGUAUUUAGAGAGAGAUAAGGAUGUACCUCACGACGCCAAAAGGGAUAGUUUCGAGUGGAGUCGGCUUGAUGGAUGGAACCCAGUGAUCGAUAGAUUGACGGGACUAAGAAACGAGAGCUAUUACAUGGCAACCCAGGUCGAUGUUCCGCAAAUGAAUGGACAUCAUUAUAGACAGAAUCUAGGACACGUACAUAUGUCUCGAUCGCCGCCGGCUCAUCACAACGUUAUCAUUGAAGAGGACUAUGGUACGACGAGGGGCAGCGGCGGCGGCGAGUCCGGCAGCGAGUGCGGAGCCGCGGCGGGCUUCAGUCGGGACGCCGUGGGGCGCCGCUCCAUGUCCGAGAAGCGACACGCCGCCAUGGACGCCAAGCAGACCGGCACCUACAAGAAGAUCAAAGAAAUCAAGGCCAUCCAUUCAAUGCAAGUUGGUCCCGCACUCGGUAUGAGGAAGUCUUCCAGCUUGGAAUCACUCCAGAUAGCUAUACAAGAAAACCAAAGGAAUCCCAGAAAUGAACCUAUUUAUGCGCGAGCGCACCCACCGUUAAAGCACUGGUUGACUGACGACAACGCCGGCCCGGAUAUCAUCAGAGGAUCGCCUCAACAAUCUUCACUGUCGCACAAGAAACCGUCGCUACUCAAGUCCUUAUCGACAAUGUUCAGAAUAGGGAAGCCCCACAAGAAGACUGAAGGCGAGUGCGGGCGCUCGCAGCCCGGCCGCGCCUCCGAGAAGUCGCUCUCUAGGGACGCGCUCGACCGACACAAUCGGCUCGACGAGCGGCCUGAAGACAACACGCAACAACAAACCUCUAGGACGGAGACGUCUCAUUCGCGGCAGAGCAGCGGCAGCGGGGACCGAAACCAGCGUCGCCACCCCGCGCCCCCCGCCGCCCCUGCACCCCCGUACCGCGCGCCGCCGCACCGCACUGUAACCCAACAACAACAGGCUAUGGACAGCGCCUGGGGUCCCACGGGUCAUUACGUUAACUACGAAGAGAUACAACAAAACCUCAAUGCUCGACGCGAGAAACUCAGUGAAGUUCAGAUCGGUCAGAUGAGGAGGCAAGUCCAAUCACAGAGAGCCAAGGCUGAAGAGGAAAGUCGUCGCGCCGGGGGUGGUUACCACUCUCAGCGCUCCUGUAGGGAGGGGGGAGCGCGCCCGCAGUCCAACUACUACGAGUACGACACCGCGCCGCCCAGACGACCCGGGAAGUUAUCGCACUACCACUGAACAACAAUACCUCUUCCUACUCCGCGGGAUGAAGCUUCGACUGAUCAACGUCGUUGCCCCAUGUUGUAUUAAAAACAAUCUAUCUGUGUGCAUAACGGGAGUUUUUUAACGUUCUCGAUAGCGUAUAAGUUAACUAUAAUUUGAAUAGAGUUGGAACGUUUGGUCACGUUUGCCGCUAGGGGCGCUGUUGCAACUGCAUACAAAUGCUAACUUUCACGCUAUCGAGAACGUUAAAAAACUCGUACUAAGCUCACUAAUGAUUUACGAGUAUCGAUUCCAUGACCAAAAUGCUGUAUAAUAAAAUAAAAAAAACAAUGAAGAUUCUUCUCUAUGGAACGUCGAGUCUCUCAUAUCUGUAAUUCAGUAUAUAUUUGAAAAUAAAAUUAUGAAAGCCGCCCUCAAUACAGCUUCUGAUUUGAAUGAUAAUGGAUGUUUUUAUGUAAUAAAUCUUCAUAAUGCAAUUUUACCAGUGGCUAAAGAUGUCAAUUUUCUGGACAUCUAAUAAUUUUGUUAAUUUAAGAUAGAGAAUCAACAUAUUGUAGUUCUACUGAUGGCGGCUUUUCAUUUGACAUUGGCUCUCUAUAUAUAACUACUUCGAUACAGAAGGUAUGGGUAGUUAUAAGAUUUAUGGUAUGACGUCAUUGUUCCAAUAAUACGUAAUUUACUUUUUUACUCAAUAACAUUGUGAGAUGUGUCGAAACAUUGAAGAUUUUUUUUUUAAGAAAAUUAAAAUCUAACGUAAGGUUUUUAUGUUUUUUGCUGCGCGAGGCUUAGGUAAAAUUAAAUUGCCUAUCCACAUAUUAAAAAAACAAAUAAAUUAGUUACAAAUGUUGUGUUAAAAAUAAACUCACAACUACAUCAUUCAUUUUUACUGGUGGUAGGAACUCUUGUGAGUCCGCGCGGGUAGGUACCACCACCCUGCUUGUUUCUGCCGUGAACCAGUAAUGCGUUUCGGUUUGAAAGGUGGGGCAGCCGUUGUAACUACAUAUAACCUUAUAUCUCAAGGUGGGUGGCAGCAUUUACGUUGUAGAUGUCUAUGGGCUCCAGUAACCACUUAACGCCAGGUGGGCUGUGAGCAAGUCCGCCCAUCUAAGAAAUAAAAAGGUCAAAAAAAUCAUUUUUUUGAAAAUUCAAAGCUAUUAGUAGAAUAUAAGAUUGUACUCAACAUACAAAAACACUAGUAUACCUACAGGGUGAUGACGAUGUCGAAAUGAGAAUAUUGUUUUGUCAACAAAUAUAAUAAAAAUGUUACCGUUGAAUAUCAUUGCGUAAAACAGUGAAAGAUGUUAUCUUAGUAAGAAAAACGGAACGACAUAAUCUAAUUGUAUUGUUGCUAGAAAUAGGUCAAUGACCUCUUCGAAACCUACAGUAGUAUGGUUAUUUCUUCGUAUUACAAUAAUGAAAUGAAAAUUUGAUCUUGUGUAGGACUAUUGAGUAUCCAUACUUUUAUUUUAAAUGCGAAAAUGAGUUUUGGGUGUGAGUGAGAGUGCGAGGAAUGAGUGUUAUUAUAUUAUGAGGGCAUAGGAUACCUUUGGCUCAAAAACAAUUUUUACAAAGUGUUUAUUUUAUUAACACGACCGAAAUUGUAUUUAAAAUCUAUCAUAGACACAAAAGCACUUCGUGUGCAGCUUUGAAACAAUUCAUUAUUAUAAAUAAACGUGGUUCCUUUUCACGCGAUACCGUCCCCAUCUUUUAUAAGACCGAGAAGUAUAAUCUUGUAUACAUAGCACACGAUUGAAACAAACCCAAUAUAUUUUGUAAGUAAUAAUUAUAACAAAUAAUUACCGAUAGCACUAACAUAUUCAUAAACACUACGUUUGUUUAGUGAUCUUAAAACUAUACUUCUUUUUAUUGCUAUUUAGAAAAAUAUAUCUGAUAUUGUAACAGAAAUGAUAAGAUUUCUGUGUUUAGUGUUCUUUAAAAGUUUUUUUUUGUCAAUGUUAAAUAUCACGAAUCCAAUUUGCAAUGUGUUUCCGUACAACAUUGUAGUACAGUUGUUUGUAUGAUCUUAUUUUUGUGAGACUUUGCGUUUAUUACUUAUGCGUAAAAGAAAGAUUAAAUAUUAUUAGAAUACUGUUUUUAAUAUAAAAGUUAGAAUGAUACUAACACAUUCAAACUUUCUACCGGUAGGAAAAUAUAUUUUAUUCUUUCCAUAGUAGGAAGAGUAUCCUUUUUUAAAAGCAGACAACUUUAUGGCUGACUUGGUGUUAAGUAAUUGCUCGUUCUCAUACUCAGCAGAGUGGCAUAAAUACCGCCACCCCAUUGAGACAUGAGGCUCCCUUGAGGCUUGAGGUCGAAGCUCCAAUUGUAUAACUGAAGUCUGACUUUCUCUUCCUAUCAUAUAUGGCACAAGAUGGCUGAUCAAUCAUAGAUUCAAAUGUUCACUUGAGAAAUAUUAAUUAAACAAAGUUUAUAUUAUCACGACCACAUUUGUUAUUCACGAAACAUUCACAAUGAAAUACUCAAGAUUUUAUCAUUGAAUUAAUUGAAUAUAAUACUGUGUGUUUUUCUGAGUCUUAUUCUCAUUUUUAUGAUGCUGUCAAAUUUAUUAUCCGACACUUUAAAUUGUUUUGAAGUGUUUGAGAAACAAAAAACAAAAAAACGGAAAUCUAAGCGUUAAAUGUAUUAUAAUUUUCAGUUAAAUUCUCUGUGGUACAUAAUUUAUUGUUUACCAAAACUAUCUUAUCUGUCCGUCGAAACUGAACGCAUCUAUUAAAAACAAUAAAAGAGAUUUUGAAAUGAGAUCUUAUCCUUCAGACCGGGACGUAUGAAAGCUUUCGCCGCAGAAAAGACAGUUAAGGCAGGUACUGGCAUCUUGAAGCUUACGAUCUCCAUCAUAUACCAAUACAGGAUUUCUGAAAAAUGUAACUUGUAAUAGCUUUCGGAUCUUGAAACAAUUAUAAGUACUUAUUACAUUUUUCCAACUAUACUGAGAUCUUAGAACUAAUAUCUCAAGGUGGAUGGCGCGUUUACAUCGUAUAUGUCUAUGGGCUCCAGUAACCACUUAACACCAAGUGGGCUGUGAAAUCGUCCACCCAUCUAAACAAUAAAAAAAUACUACAUUUCCUAGAUGUUGAUUUUUCGAUAAUAACUAAUAUCGUUUUCAAUACAACAACAGCAUAGUUUUCCUCACUUGAAAACUCAAUUUAUAUAUAAGUUCACACCGAAUACUUAUGUAAGAAACCAUUACUUAGAGUGCGAUUUAAAUGUAAUAAUAUCUUGGACAUUCCUACUUUAAGUGACACCUUAAAAUCAAAGAAGCUUUAAUGAUAGCAUUAGGAAUUACAUGUUAUAUUAAUAAGACAAUUUAAUUACUUAAAAUAUACAAUUGUUUAUGUAAUUGUGACUGAAUUAUUAAUUUUUUAGUAUUAUGUUAAUGAUAAGUUUUUAAAAUGAUGAUUUCAAAAUUAUUAGAAUUAAUUUAGUAAAUGAACGUUUAUUAGUAUAGUUUUACAUGAAAUUUGUGUAUCUUUUAAUUUUUAUAAAAAUGGUGAUCAAUAAUAUAAUCUAUAAAAAUGGAUUAGGUCUAUUUUAUUCUCAUGUGUUUUUGUGAUAUUUAGUUACAUCUCAAAUGUAUUUAGACUCUGAUUUAUUAUUCGAUUUUAUGUUAAUUUUCCCUCCUUUUAUACAAAAAUGUAAAUACGAGGAAUUCAUGUUUUCUUAAUUAGGAUACAAUUUUUAUUCAAAUAUCUGAAUAAUAACAACUUGGAUUAAAGUAAACAAGAUAAUAAUAACACGUGACAGAAUAAAUUCGAUUACCUGAACACUUUUUCUGAAGUGCUUAAGUUGUUUAAAAAUUAAAUAAAAUAUUGAAUUUUUUUCUACGUUCAAUUCACCUGACCUUUGUUUUAUUGCAAAGCACUUUUGCAUUCAAGUGUCCAUAUUUUUUGUACAUAUUAAAUGUAUAUGUUAUUUUUUAAGCGAAAUCAUUUUGUAUAGUAUAUUUACUUACAUUGUAGGUAUGCAGUAUGAACAAUUGGCCAUCUGUACCUUAAUAAAUGCGAGUCGUAAAGUA